AUGGAUGAUACAGUAGAAGAUCCCCCCACAUCGGCUGUCUUGCUGGAUCAUUGUCACUUCGCUCAGGUCAUCUUUAACAGCGUGGAGAAGUUUUAUGUCCCUGGAGGGGACAUCACAUGCUAUUAUACCCUCACCCAGCAUUUCAUCCCUCGUCGAAAGGAUUGGAUUGGCAUCUUUAGAUGUUCUUUUCUGUGUUGCCUUAAUCAAGUUCCUCAACUCCUUAUCCCCUUUACUGCCAGUACUUUCUUGUCUUUGCAGGUGGGAUGGAAGACAACCCGUGAGUAUUACACUUUCAUGUGGGUUACUUUGCCCAUUGACCUAAACAGCGAAUCAACCAAACAGCAGGAAGUCCACUUCAAAGCUUAUUACCUGCCCAAGGAUGAUGAGUAUUACCAGUUCUGCUAUGUGGAUCAGGAUGGUGUGGUCCGAGGAGCAAGUAUCCCUUUCCAGUUCCGUCCAGAAAGUGAAGAAGACAUCCUGGUUGUUACCACUCAGGGAGAGGUGGAGGAGAUUGAUCAGCGUAACAAGGAGCUUUGUAAAGAAAACCAGGAGCUGAAGGACAGCUGUAGCAGCCUCCAGAAACAGAACUCAGAAAUGCAGGCUGAGCUCCAGAAGGUGCAGGAGGAGCUAGAAACUCUAAAGAGCAUCAAUAAGAAGUUGGAACAAAAAGUGAAAGAGCAGAAGGACUGUUGGGAGAUAGAGCUGCUUCAACUCAAAGAGCAAAACCAGAAGAUGUCUUCAGAAAAUGAGAAGAUGGGAAACAGAGUAGAUCAGCUUCAGGCCCAGCUGUUAAUUCAGGAGAAAGAAAUGGAGAAGCUUACUCAGGGAGAUAAAGAUAAGACCGAGCAACUGGAGCAUCUGAAAAAGGAAAAUAACCAGCUGUUUCUCAGUUUAACUGAUCAGAAGAAGCAUCAGAAACAGCUUGAGCAGACCGUGCUGGAGAUGAAGCAGAAGGAAACUGCCGCAGCAAGGAAACGGCAGGAGUUAACGGACCAGAACUUUGACCUAUCAAAAAGACUGAGUGAGAAUGAGUUUAUAUGUAAAACUCUGCAGAGAGAAAAUGAGAAAAUGGAGGGAGAAAAUGAUCUUUUGAAGAGGGAGAAUAGCAGAUUGCUGAGUUACAUGGGUCUGGAUUUUGACUCUUUGCCAUAUCAAGUGCCUGCUUCAGCUCAGGGAGGUGCACGACAAAACCCAGGACUUGUGUAUGGAAACCCAUAUUGUGGUAUCCAAGAAAGUUCUUCUCCCAGCCUGGCCUCCAUCAAAAAAUGCACCACCUGCCACGUGGACUUUACUGAUGAUGUGACUAAGGAGGGUCACACCGUGGAGCAUCAUAUGCAGGGCGUUUGUUUGGAUUGUCCAGUUUGCAACAAAAGCUUUCCAGUAGACCAGAUGCAGAUUUUUGAAGACCAUGUGCUCUGCCACUCUCUAUAA